GCAGCCGAGCAGCAAGGAGAUGCAAGCGAUGGUGGGCGGACUCCCCGCUUCCGCCGUCGCUGCUCACAUUGCGCUUCAGGAGCUCCAGAACGGUGGAGGCGCCGACCACGACGACUUCCUCGAUCAGAUGAUGUCCGGUCUCGCCCCCGCCUGGCAGAUGGGGCUCGGAGGGUACGAUGAUGCGUCGCUUCUCACGUCGAGGCUCCGGCAGCACCAGGCCGCCGGUGGAGGGAGCCCGCCGCCGACGGGGAAGUCGAUGCUGCUCCAGCUCAACCACCACCAUUACUCUCAUCACGCGUCUCCCCAGCAGCAAUUGCUCCUUCAGUCGAUGGGGCUGCCGCCGGCGGGAGGCGGCGGUGACUCGGGGGGUUUCCUUCCGCUGCCGCUCUCCCUCGGGAGCGGCGGGUCGCGGGAUUCCGGCCUUCUCUUCGACAGAUCUCGAGAGGAAGUCGAUGCGCCCUUCAAAUCCUCUGAUUCCACGGAAGCGGAGGCGCUCUACAACGGAUUGGGGGAAUCGCUGCAGCGAGCGGCUCAGGCGCCGAACCACCACCAUCAUUUCCCUCAUCCCCAGAACCACCGAGGAGCUCCGCCGGCAGCGUCGGGUUCGCCAUCCACCGGCGGGGGCGCGGUACCUCCCAGGCCCAGGGUGAGGGCGAGGCGAGGGCAGGCGACGGAUCCACAUAGCAUUGCCGAAAGACUUCGGAGGGAGAGGAUCGCGGAGAGGAUGAAAGCGCUGCAGGAGUUGGUGCCCAACGCUAAUAAGACGGACAAGGCGUCGAUGCUGGACGAGAUCAUCGACUACGUCAAGUUCCUGCAGCUCCAAGUGAAGGUGCUGAGCAUGAGCAGGUUGGGCGGCGCAGCGGCGGUUGCGCCGCUCGUGGCUGAUAUGUCAUCGGAGGCCGGGGCGGGACGAGGAGGAGCUGACGGAGCAGCGGCGGACGACGGCCUGACGGCGGCGGAGAACCAGGUGACGAAGCUGUUGGAGGAGGACAUGGGGUCGGCGAUGCAGUACCUCCAAGGGAAGGGCCUUUGCCUCAUGCCUAUCUCCCUCGCCUCGGCGAUCUCGUCCGCCACCUGCCAUCCCCGGCCUCCCAUUCCUGGCGGUCUCAGCCAGCUCAUCCGCCGCACAGCCCCGUCCCCGCAUGCAGCUGGCGAUGCGCCCUCAUCGCCCAGCAUGUCCGCGCUGACAGUGCAGUCCACCAACGGCGGCGGCGACGCCGAUGUCUCACGGCCCUCCCGCUGCAAGGACUGAGCCUCCGUCCCUCGAGACAGAUGAAUACUAGAAGGAAGAGAGACCCAAAAUGACGAUGCUUCAAGACGACGUCAAGCAAAAAGCACAAGAGAAUAAGGAUGCUUUUUGGAGUUGCUCGCCCGUAUAUGCCUGGAAUGGGAAUGCAUCGACCUGUCCACUUCAAAGUUCCGUCUUUUUCUGCUUCUUUUACUUUCCAUCAGCUUUUUUUACCCUUUACUUUCCUGGAUCUGUAUCAGCUUUAUGUUUGCUUUCUUUCCUUCCUGCCAUUGUUUUACAGCCUGCCCGCAUUGCUCUUUGAUUUCA